AGUAUUUUCACAGAACAUGAAGAACUAUUGCAUAUGAAAGAGCUUCAUCAAGUUUUUCUCGUUCAAACAUUCAAAUCCUUCUGUUUCUAGAUCGAUUUCGAUCUCAAAUUUCACAAGUAACUUAUGAAACAUAACUAAGCUCAAAAUAUAGCUGAAAUCAAAUAGAAAUCACUCAUUCAACUCCUAAUUUCACAAAUUUCACAAGUAAUUUAUGAAUAUAGAGAAGAAUAAGCAUGCAAAUGGGAGAAGUUCAAGCAAAAGCUGAAUUCGAGAGAGAAGUACCAACAAAACUUGGAGCAAGCAGUAGGAGAUCUGCAACUGCAAAUCCCCUUCGAUCUCUUCAAUCGAUUCCUCAUCUUCUAUCAUGGGUUCACGAUGGCGAACCCAGGCUCGUGGGUUCACGAUGGGGAACCCAGGCUCGCGAGCUGGGUUCACGACUCACGAUGGCGAAACCCAGGCUCGUGGGUUCACGAUGGCGAACCCAGGCUCGUGGGUUCACGAUGGUGAACCCAGGCUCGCGAGUUGGGUUCACGACUCACGAUGGCGAAACCCAGGCUCGUGGGUUCACGAUGGUGAACCCAGGCUCGUGGGUUCACGAUGGUGAAACCCAGGCUCGUGGGUUCGUCGUGAACCCAGCUUGUGGGUUCCUCGUGAACCCGCGAGGUGGGUUCCUCUCGAACCCGCGAGUUGGGUUCGUCAAGAACCUCUUGAGCUGGGUUCGCCGUGAACCUCUCAAGCUAGAUGGAAAGGUUAGUGGGGGCGUAAACAAGGAAGGAAUUAAGUACUACAACAACCUCAUCCGCAGCCUUCAAGCUGAUGGUAUAAAGCCUGUUGUGACCCUCUUCCACUGGGAUCUUCCACAAGCUUUAGGGGAUGAGUAUGGUGGUUUCUUAGGUCCCAGCAUUGUGAGAAACUGUUGCUGGGAAAGAGAGGAAGGCAAGGGGUUGGAGAGGGCUGUUGACGGUGGUGGUUGAGAGCAGAUGCAGAAUUGUAGAUCUAUUUUGUAGCUGUUGCUUUGUUCAGUGAAGAAGAAGCUGCUGCUGGGAAGGAGAGGAAGGCAACGAAGAUGAGCUGCCAACAUGAUGGUGAUGAGAGCAAGGAGAUCGAUUUGUUUCUUCUUUCAAACACAGUGCUGGUGACUAAUAAGGGCAGGGAAAGUAG